GUAAGCUUCCUUCUUCUUCUUCUUCAUCUUCUGACUUAGCCGAUUGCCAUUUCCCAAAAUUUUCAACCUUUCUUUUUCUUUAAGAGAUGUGGCUUUAAAGCUUCAAAUCACGCUCUCUCCACUCUUUGCUUCUUUAUUAUCUGUCUCUACUUCUUUGGCUUUAACCCGUUUUGCCGAUAUCUCUACGAUCGCCCCACCUCCUCACCCUAAACCACCCCCCCCCCCCCCCAUUACCUCUUUUUUUGGGUUUAAUUACGAUUUCGAUUCGAUUGAGGAGUUGGAUUGGUUUAGACGCCGACAAAAUUUUGGGUUUUCCUUUUCAUCUUCAAUUAAUAAUACCCUUUUUUCGAUUUAGAUUUCCCCUUUGAGUUAUUCGAUCUGAUUUGGGUUCUGAAUUGCUGGAUGUGAUUGAUUGAAUCGGGGUGUUUCAAUCGCAGUUUGAUUGGAAUUUGAUUUGAGAUGGUCUAUUUCCCAUACUCGAUCUCGGUCUGCAAGUCCGUUGACCAACCAACCGUCAUGGCGAGUUCAGUGAAUAUAGCCGAUUCAAGUUCCAAAUCAAGGAACAAGAAGAUGACUGCUUCAUCGACUUGUUCGAAAUUUCCUGUUUGUCAUCGGUCUCGAUCGGCCGUAAUUGAUAUUGUGAUUUUGAUCGCUGUGGUUGGUGCUUGUGGGUUUUUGUUAUUUCCUUAUAUGAAGCUUGUUAUCGUUGAAUCUCUUGAGAUUUUCGGUGCGAUUUUGUAUUUAAUGGGAGAGGAAGUCUCUCGGGCUCCUUGGGUUUAUGGAUCCAUUGGACUUAGCAUUUUCUGUGCUUCGUUAGCUGCUUGGGUUGUUUUAAUUUGCACGAGCAGGAAAUGUGGAAAUCCUUUUUGUAAAGGGCUUCGAAAGGCAGCUGAAUUCGAUAUCCAAUUGGAGACAGAGGAGUGUGUGAAGAACUCAACUCCAUUGGUUAAAAAUGGAGUGAAGAAGGGGCUUUUUGAAUUGCCCCGUGAUCAUCACCGUGAAUUAGAAGCUGAACUUAAGAAGAUGGCACCUCCUAAUGGAAGAGCAGUGCUCAUUUUUCGAGCAAGAUGUGGCUGUUCUGUUGGUAGGUUGGAAGUUCCUGGGCCUAGGAAGCAGCUGAAGAAGAUCAAGAAAUAGUAGUAUUAAUAAUAAUAUUGUCUAAAAAGCAUAUAGAUAGGAUAUCAUUACAGGUUUACUCAGUAUGCAGAGAAGAAUUUUCUUACUCUUGUGGAAAAUUUGAUGUCUCUAAAUAAGCUUAUGGCAGACAGGUGUAAGGAACAUAUACAGUUUUUAAGUAGGGAAUAUAAAAUCCUUGUUGCAUCAACUCGAUGUGCUCUCUUAGAUCCAAGUAUUUCUUAAUGCAAUUCACUCCUUCAAUAGGUAUAUUUUGCA